AUGUCGAAACGUUAUUUACAUAAUACAUUGACACUCCCAAAUAUUAAUGAAUGCGAUCCAGCAAAGUUCGAAAAGUUUAUUAUAGAUAACAUUGAAGUAAUUCUCUCUCAAUAUUCCCCUGCAAAUAAUACUCAUAAUUUCGAUAUUUAUAAUGGAUACGGAGGAAUUUCUUUUAUGUUUUUUCACUUACAUCAACUCUUUCCUGACCUAACAAUUAAUGAAAAUAAAGUAUCUCUUUUGUGCACUACAUAUCUAUCUGCUUCUUUAUCAGCGGUUCGUAGAAGCUCUCCAGAGCAUGUUGGAUUUCUAGGUAGCCACGUAGGACCUUUGGCUUUGGCCGUUGUAGUUUACGAGACUAUUGAAAAUGAUACUCAAAAAUCGUUAAAAUACCUUGAAAUUAUACUUGAAAAGUAUCAUUCAUUGGCAUUAAAUGAUGAUUGGAAUGAAUUAUUAUACGGUCGAACUGGUUAUCUUUAUUCUUUAAUCUUUAUUCGAAAGUAUUGCAAAGAUAAUAAGGAAAUUAUGACAAGGAUUGGAAAUGAAAAAUUAAAAGAAAUCAUUGAUUUAAUCAUUAAUGAUGGUAGGAAAAGAGUAACUACUGAUAACACAAUUACAAGGCCUGCUUUAAUGUGGAGUUGGUACGGUGAUGAAUAUAUAGGAGCCAUACAUGGAAUAGUUCCUGCUUUUUUAAAAAUUUAUUCUUUGUAUCCGACUCAUCCAUCAUCUAAAAAUCUUCUUUCGCAUGCAAUUGCUAAAACUGAUUUAGUUUGGGAACAUGUGAUUUUGAGAAAAGGCGCAACAGGUCUUUGUCAUAAUACUCUUGGUAAUGCUUAUACAUUUCUCACUACUUAUCUUGUUACACGAGAUGAAGAACAACUUAAAAGAGCAUUAGCAUUUGGAUUAUAUGCUGGUGAGUGGAAAGAUAAAACUCAGAGAGGUGAAAUACGAGUUCCAGACCAUCCAUGGUGUCUUUUUGAAGGUCUUGCUGGCGGUGUUGUUUAUUGGGCUGAUUUAAUAACUGUAUUAAAGCAUGUUCAACUUGGUGUAAAUAUUAUGCAAGAUAAAGUAGUUGGAUUUCCUUGUUUUACUGCUUUAUAG